AAAAUGCCAAAGUAAUACAUGUACUGUAUUAAAAUAUAACGUAUUUAUCUAUUGUAGUAAAGGUGAAAAUAUUACGUGCAAUAAAACCGUUUCUAUUUUUAUAGCUUCCAUUUGUGCUCCUAACUGAAGAUGAAAGAAAGUUCCUAGCACAGGCACACUUAGAUGUAGAGAAUGAAGAAGAAGAGAUUGGUGAAAUAUUACCUGAAAGUAACAUAAAUGAAGAUGAAAAUGGAAAUUUGGAGAUGUUAAGAAACAUAAAUGACAGAGAUGUAACGUUUGAAGAAGCCAUGGAUAUUGUGUCGGAACCUAAUGAAGAACACCAAGAAGUUCAGGAGACAAACAAAGGGAGGCAGUUGGAAAAUGAUCAUAUAGUUACAGAAACCGGAGAUACAUACUUUACUACGGAAACAAAUGAUAUUGCACCUUUAGAAGUUAUGCAAAAUAAUCUCGAUCCCAUGGAAGGUGCUAGUCCGUAUUACAAGGAACUUUACAAAAGGCGCUUUGUAAAUGAUAGCAACGAUAAAGAAAAGGCUAUUCCCACUGGAGGAAAAUCUGUAAUGAAUAGUGGGCUGAUGGACUAUUUUCAAAAACGUCAACUAGAGAUAUAUCCUCUUGAACUGUUUUCUGACAAUUAUCAGGAUAUCUUCACUCCUACUAUUGGGGAGUAUUUGCAAUUCAAAACAAAUCCAGCUAUGAACAAAGGGACGGCAGUGUUUACAUCCGGUUUCUGGAGAGAAGGAAUAUGCCAAAACAUAAAGAAUGAUCCUUCUCGGGGAAAGAUUUUUGUGAUUAAAGACAUAAUUACAAGUUUCACAUUUGAACUAAAUAGAUAUCAGCUAAGACCAAACAAUUGAUAUAUGCUCUAUUGUGAUUCACAAAUAUUUUAAUUAAAAAUAUAGAGCACGUAACUUUUAUUUUUAACUAUUCAGAAUGAUUUUAUUGAUAUUUAAUGUAACAUACAAUAGAUAAUGUGGUAUGAAUGUCAAUUUAACAGCAAUAUGAAACAAUUUAGAGACAAUUAAAGUACGCUUAAGUUGCAUACAAAUAGUAAUUCUUUUCUUUUUUUUAGUUAGAAAAAACGUGUAGUUGAAUUCUUCAAGGCGGCAUACAAUCCACACACAUAAUUUUAACC